UAUAUCUUUAUUGGCUCCGACCAAAAUUAUAGGAAUUAUGUUUAUAUACGUAUAUAGCAAAAGCGAUUAAAUCAGUCACAUAGGUGAUCGCUCUAUUAUAAAUGCAAGCUAGAUCUAUUUCUGUCUUCAUGUCCACGUCAUUGUUGACUAGACAGGCGUUCAUGAAACAUUGUAUCGCUUAAGUUAACACAUAGUUGAAUGGAGCUCGCGUUUUUGUCGACGUUUUACGCACGGUAUAUUGCCACAUACCUCGCCCUUCCACUCGAGCUUUUUGAUUCGGACCUUGUUCUUGAAUGUUCGACAACACACCUGAUUACUUUUCACGACCUUCUCGAAGAUAAGAAUAGAAUAAACUCGGUUCCGAAAUCCAGUGUCGGCCAAUCGUAAAUCGUUUCUAG